AUGGGCGUGUUAAGCAAAUUUCUAGUUGGUACAGUUGGAUUACGAAUCAACAAAGCGACGUGCUAUGAGAUGGUGCAUACGUGGAAUCCCGAUUGUUGUGGAGCUGUCGUCGAUUCAUUGUGGGAUGGAUGGUUAUUCUCCUUCAAAACCUAUUUCAUCUUCUACAGUUUGACUAACAUCUUUGCGGCAAAAGAUGUACGACAAGUUCAUUGGCGCAAAAUAUUAGCUGGCUCUGUUCGAUCUUCUUUUUUUUUAACAACUAAUUUAAUUAUUUUUCUUUGGCUGAAUUGUCAAUUAAGGAAAAUAUUGGGAUUCUUCACCGUUCCAACACUUGGUUUUAUGAAUGGGAUGAUUUCUGCACUACUUGCGAUUUUCAUCGAAAAUCGAAGGAGAAGGCCACUGCUAGCUUUGUAUCUAACAAACUUGGCAUCAGAAACAGCUUACCAUCAGCUGGUUAAUCACGGUUACCUGAAGUAUAUACCAAACGGUGCAGUAAUUAUAUUCGGAAUUGGGCUUGCAGGAUUGCUUCAUUUAUAUUGUAAGGAUAAACUUCACAACAAUUUAAGGAAAUCUAUCGAAUAUGUUUUAUUGAUGAAUGAAACGAAAGAAUUAUUUCCGUAUAAAAUGAUUCAGAGGGUGUAUUCUCCAAUCGGAGCUGUUCUGCUAACGCUACGACAAAGGUAUGCAAAACAUCCAUUAUGCCGGCACCAACAUUCAUGCAUUAGCAGAUUUGCUGAGGUGUUUUUCACCAAUUUUUCUCAAGCCCUAAUCUGGAGUGUCUGUAUGGUGAUUUUGAAAAUUGGAAAAGAAAUGGUGCAUCAGCCAGCUGCAUCUAUUAGACGUAUUCUAAGUUUCCAAACUCUACGUCUACCACUAUUUUAUGGAUUUCUCGCAUUACUGUUUCAAAUUUCACGAUGCGGCUACAGCUGGUGUACAAAUGAGGCUUCUCCGUUAUAUCUUUGUGGUGCAGUAGGUGGUUUAUCAUUAUUUUUCUACCCAAAUAUUUCAAUUGCCAUGUAUGUCUUUUGGAAAUUUAUAGAGGGGCUUUUCUUUUCAUACUGUAAAAACCUGGUGAUACCUUAUGGAGAUGUAUUCCUUUACGCGCUUUCGACGGGUUAUGUUGCAUGGAAUGCAGUAAUCGAACCUCAAACGCUUAGGGAUGGCUACUGGAAAUUUCUUGUUGGGCUUACAGGAAAUAAAAUUGAGCUACUAAAUAGGCGCUUGUUUGAUAUUUUUGGUUAUAAUUCCUCGAAGAAGUUUCCUCAUUUUGUACCCAAGCUGGAUCCAAGGUUCACAUCACUGAAUUGA